AUGAUUGCACUCCUUGUGUAUGUUGAUGAUAUUAUUAUCACAGGAAGUGAUAAAGAAGGUAUCAAAGCAACCAACGAGUUUCUUAAGUCUAUGUUUGAAAUCAAAGACUUGGGAGAAAUGAAAUACUUUCUUGGAAUUGAGAUUUGUAGAUCCAAGGAAGGUUUAUUCAUGUCCCAAAGGAAGUAUACACUUGAUCUUUUGAAAGGUGCAGGUGCUUAUGGGGGCAAGACAGCAAGGAUGCCCAUGGAGGAUGGCUACAAAGUACCAAGAGAGGGGGAGAUUGAAGACAGCAAGCCAUUUCAUGAUCCUAAACUCUAUAGAAAACUUGUUGGCAAAUUGAUUUAUCUUACCAUUACAAGGCCUGAUAUAUGCUUUGCUGUGAAUCAGGUGACUCAACACAUGCAGGUUCCCAAGGAACAUCAUUGGCGCAUGGUGGAAAGGCUGUUGAUGUAUCUGAACGGCUCGCCUGAUCAAGGAGUAUGGAUGGGGUGCAAUGGAAGCACUGAAGUGGUGGGCUAUUGUGAUGUAGAUUGGGCAGGAGAUAGAGCUGACAGGAGAUCAACAACCGGCUAUUGCACAUUCAUUGGAGAAGCUGAGUAUAGAGCUAUGCUGAAGCUGACCAACGAGCUGGUGUGGAUCAAAGGCAUCUUGAAGCAUUUGGAGAUUGAUCAAGCCACACCAAUGACCAUGCAUUGUGAUAACCAAGCAGCCAUCCACAUUGCCUCUAACUCGGUGUUCCAUGAGAAAACUAAGCACAUUGAGGUUGAUUGUCACAAAGUGAGGCAGAUGAUUGUUCUAGGAGUGAUCUUGCCAUAG